ACACAGCUCUACUGUCUACUAAGAUAAUGAGGAAGAGGAAGAACUGGAAACCUCGGGAGGGCCUCUGUUCAUGUCUAUGAAGUCUCUAUGAAAGCAUUGGAGGAGCUGUAGUAUUUGACUCAAUGGCGAAGAAGGGGCGUACCAAGGGCGAGAAGCCCGAAGCGCUCAUCUCUGCCCUACAGGCAGCUAACGAAGAUCUCCGGUCCAAACUGACUGACAUUCAAAUAGAACUGCAUCAAGAGAAAUGCAAGGUAGGCCAUUUUGUAACACUACAUUGCAUGGAAAUCAUCCCUUCUCAAAUACACCUAUAACAGUGUGUUCAACUGCAGAUGAUGUGUAACUUUGAAUGUCUUACGCAUGUUGUUUAGAUUAAUUUGUUACAUAUGGUUACUACACACAACCUUUGACAUACAGCUAGCUUUCAAAAUUUUAUAAGGUUCUACUUAGAUGUACAGUAAUGUUUUGAGUUAUACAUUGACCUGGUCUGGCUGAGGUAUACCCCUUCACAGUUGGCACACAGUAGAUAUAGGCUAUUGCUGUGUUGUACAUUCACCUGCACUACCUAAGCCAACCGUUAUGCGAUGGUAGAUCGACAUCUCUGCUUGGUCUUGGUCUGUCUGCCAUUAUCUGUUUUUCUAAUUAUAUUUGACACUGUAAUGAAUCUCUUUAUCUACGUAAUAGGUGAUAGAUGAGGAGAAUGGUAUCUCUCUGACCUUGCUGCUUUUAUAGUGUAACCCAGUUCUCUUCGGCUCCUCUACCUCUCUCCCCGGGGGCUAGGUGAGUAAGUUGGAGCGUGAGAAGGUGCAGGAGUGCAAGCGGAUCCGGGAGCAGGAGCAGCACCGGCACACGGCCACGCUGACAGAGCAGCGUUCCAAAUGGCACGAGGAGAAGCAGAAGGAGCUCCAGGCACUCAGGGAGAACCUGGUCCGCCAGCACGAGCAGGAGCAGGCCCGGACGGCAAAGAUCAAGGACCAGGAGAACCAGCGGCUCAAGGCGGCGCUGAGCGCCAUGCGGGACGGCAGCGGGGAGAAGGUGCGCACGGCGCUGACCCUAGAGGCCAAGGAGGAGGCACGGCGCUUUUUCGACGUGGAGAGGGUCAAGCUGCUGCAAGAGAUCUCUGAGCUCAAGCAUAACAAAAAGCAGACGGACGAGGCGCUCAGCACCAUGAUCCAGGCGGAUAAGAUGAAGGCCGGGGAUCUGCGCUCCGAGCAUCAGAUGCACCAGGAACAGAUCUCCAAGAUCAAGUGGGACAGCGAGAAGGACAUCCGCAGACUGGUAAAUACUGUCUGACUGGAGGAUGGGUAGAGGGAAGAGCAGAGGGUCUGAUUGUGGAUGCAUGUCUUACUGAAUACCAGACGUAGCCAUAGCUGGUCUAUAUAGUUCACCAAAUUGUUAUAUUCUGUCAUAAAGAGCACAUGUUCAACUUCAUAAAAAGCAAGUUUUCCCAUCUCAAAAGAUUAAGUAAAUAAAAAUGUAUACUAAGUGCUUAUUAAGUGCCAAAUAAAGUUACAGGGUUGGCAAUUUAUUCUUAAAUCAGCCAUACAUCCCCUUGUUACAGGGGGAAUGGAAGCUUGUUGUGUGCAACAGCGAGUGGCAAUUGAAUGCAAGCUUCACCCCCAAAAAUUAAAUUGUUAAAACAUUUCUCAGUUUCCCACCCUAAAACACCAUCAAAUUGACAAAAAUAGUAGAACCAGCUCACCUGCUUUUACUCUAUGAUUUGACUAUUAGAUGUUUAAUGUUUCUUAUUUAAAAAUAUUUUUUUAAGGAAUAGUUUCACCAUAUUAAAACGAAAGUUCAGUUCACGUAACAGGGUUGACCUUAAAAUGAGGGACAAACAGACGUAAAUGAAUCACUAAUCACAUGAAAUAAAUAAUAUUAUUCAGAAAUGACUUUGUCUAAACAACAAAAUAACCAGGGCUUUACAAUGAUGGUGAAACUUUGAGAAAUGUGUGGAUUAAGUGGGUUAAACUCUUCCUAGAAGUGAUGCAGGGUUGAUGGAGGGCCAUGUCAAAAUGCUGAAUUGUAUUGAUUUAUUGAAUUUUCCAUGUGGUCUAUAUUGAAAGGCAAUUAAUUUAAUACAACAGGCUUUUAAAAUUCAAUAUUGGUGCACAAUUUCUACUUAAAAUAUUAAAGGGACGCAAAAGUCCUCUGUAGCUCAGCUGGUAGAGCACGGCGCUUGUAACGCCAAGGUAGUGGGUUUGAUCCCCGGGACCACCCAUACACAAAAAAUUUAUGCACGCAUGACUGUAAGUCGCCUUGGAUAAAAGCGUCUGCUAAAUGGCAUAUUAUUAUUAUUAUUAAAAGGCACUCAUUUCAUGGAACGAUCCAUUUAUAUUUUCUUGCUAAUUGUGAUGGUCAUCAUCAAAUGACAUAUGUUACAUGAUAUGAUACAUCAUUAUUUCACAUGAUACUCUUUUGCAGGGGUCACAUUAAGCCAGUACGGUCUGGUAUGGAGUACUAGACCAAAAAACUGCGCUGGUACAGCGUACCGGUAAAACAAGAGCACAUCACAAUAAUUUAAACAAAGAUGGCAAGAAAAAUGUAGGCUAUUACACCAUCAUUAAUCAUUACCUCCUGUCAGCCGCAAGCGCAUGAACACAUAGGAGGUCCCGUACCAGGAAUACAUUAAAUCUACUUUCACCCUUGCUCUUUUGAAUGGAUUUUUGAAUGGAACUGUGCACAUGUCUGUCUGUCUCAAUCAAUCAAUCAAUCAAUCAUUGAGACAGUCAGUCUGUCCUGUCCAUCUCUCUGUGUCCCAUUAACCACUCUCUGAGUUUCCUGUUUGCUAUGCCCUCCUUCAGGUGGAUGAGAUCAAGUCCAAAGAGCGCACCAUCUUCUCUCUGGAGAAGGAGCUGGAGAAUGCCAUUGGUUUGCUGCAGAAGAUGCAGAUGCAGAAGGAUGCCCUGGAUGACCAGCUGUUCCUGGUCAAGGAGGCAGAGUGUAACCUGGGCAGCCCCAAGAGAGAGAUCCCCGGGCGGGCUGGGGACGGGGCGGAGCACUGUGGCAGCCCGGUACGACAUAGAAAGGCAGAAGGGAACUUGGAAAUGGUACAAAACAGCCUGUAGAUUAUUGAAAUGUAACAAUGAAGCCAAUUUCAAAAGAAAUGGAAAUGAAUCGGACAGUUAACCGAUAAUGAGAUGUAAAAUACUGUAGGCCUAUACUAGUUUACACAGUUUAUGCGGAAAAAGCUUGAGAAGAAUGACAUGAAUAAGUGGUCAGAAAUAUACUUUUAAGGAUAGGAUUAAAUUAGCCUGCAAUUCGAAUCACUCCGAUCACCUCAUCCAUACAGAGAAACAUGAUCUUUGCACAUUGCAGGACAAUGAUCAAACUGCUUUCACACAGUGUCAAACAAACACAGUUUGGGUGUGGCCAUUCUCUAUAUGAAAGUUUUAUCACUCAUAUAAUACCUCAUAUAUGAUGAUAAAUAACCUAUUUAUGGCAGCUACUAGUUUACUAUAGCGCGAGUCUGCUUAGUUGGUUGCUGUCUCUCAUCUCUCCCUCCCUCCUCCCUUCACUCGCUCACAGUACAGCCCUUCCCCCGCAUGCUAGAGCGGGACCUCUCUCUCCCUCCUCUCCCGCUUUAUCAGCUUCGGUUAAUAAAGAUCGGGUCUGGAUCUGACUAGGUCUAUACGGAACGGGUCAAGUUCUCCUCGGGUCCGUUCGGAACAAGUCUCUAUAUAUAAAAAAAUAUAUAUAUAUAUAUCAGGUACGUGUGGGAAAGCCCCAUGUCCAUUUCGGAACGGGUCCGUGAAGAUCUCUACUCCAUAGUGCCCCACCAACAAAAUACAAAAUUCUAACUAUAGGGCAAAUGCAUCCCUUCAUAUCUUCAUAUGCACAUUUCAGUUUUUAUGCUACAUGUGUAGUGCUCAAGGAAUUACUUUCUAUGAGAGCAAUAUCACUUUUUUAAAACAUGACAAACCAGUAGUACUAGAUAUUUUGUCAAAUGAAAACCACAACAAACAAGUAUUUAAAUGCCUACCUUCUAGAAUAAAACAAGCUUCUAUCUGGUACUGAACAAAGAACUGAAGGAAGGGCUCUGAAGAGCAUUGUUUCUGAAGAAUGCUGGUCAGUCAAUAAGUCUGUGAGGUUUCAAUGCAGUCUCACAUUCUGGGUUAGUGGUCUGCUUGAAAAUCACUACAUGACAGAAAACGACUGUUUUUUGGCUAAUAUUUCUAGAGAGAUGUGACUGAUACGUAGAAAGAAUUACCCAAUAAUUGAACUUCAAAAAUAAACGUCCCAGAAACGUAUAAAAUGAUAAAACUUAAUUUUCCUGAAUUAAAAUGGCACCAACAUCUUAUUAUUCAAUGUAUAAUACAUGUUAUUGAAAUAAUUGAUUAUAUUAUAGAACAUCAUAUAAUCUUUUUACUGUUGUCGCUGUGUCAAAGACUGCGUCCAAGAGUGAAUGUAGUGUGUUGUAAGAUGCCAGUGAGCUAACAGUGCGUUCGGUUUGAACAACCUAGGACAUGCGCAGGAACCAGAGGCGCAUGGCUGACCUCAACUCCACCGUCCGCAAGCUGGAGGACCGCAACUCACUGCUAGUGGACGAGAGGAAUGAACUGGUAUGACCUGGUCACUCUGAACUCUCCCUGCCUGGCAGAGAAUCACAUCUUAAUGCUCUGUCACUGAACGAUAACAAUCUGUCUUCAUCUGGAUUCAUUAAACAUGCAAUGAAUGUACCUGCUAAGAAGUUACAAUUACAGUAUUUAGUCCCCUGCCAAGUUGACUUGACGAGCCUCUCUCUCUCUCUCUCUCUCUCUCUCUCUCUCUCUCUCUCUCAGCUAAAGCGUGUGCGGGAGUCGGAGAAGCAGUGCAAGCCCAUGCUGGACAAGAACAAGAUGCUGAACAAGAGGAAUGAUGACCUCAGCCAGACCCUGCAGCGCAUGGAAGAGAAACUCAAAGGCCUGGCCAAAGAGAACCUGGAGAUGGUGAGUGGCAUAGAAAUAUAAUUACAGAACAUUGACUUAAAAGGGGAAUUCCUAUUCUAGUAAUUAUAUUUCUAUGGCGAGUGUCAUCGUCGCACAGAUCUCAAUACAACCAGGGCUCCAAUAGUUUAGUACAAGCAUAGCAUGCCUCAAUAGCUCAAGUUUUUAUGAAGACUGUCUGCAACACAUUGGCCACGAUGACAGUCCUUAUCAAAGUAAAGUAAAUGGAACCAAAGCUUUAAAGUCUGCAUUAGUCUUGUAGAUUUAGAAGUGCAUAAUAUUGUGGCUUUGGCCUCAGUACCCUAACCACCACAAAUCUUCAUUAUUCAUGAUGAGCACAUACUGAGAGAUAGACUUACAACUGGUUCCACUCACAAAGGUAUUUUCUGUGUGUGCAGAAGGAGAAGAUCAGCUCCCACCCACCGCUGAAGAAAUCCAACUGUAAGUCUCUGAAUGAUCUGGACCAGGCACAUGACGACCAGGAGAUUGAGUUCCUUAAGCUGCAGGUGCUGGAGCAGCAGAGCAUAAUCGACGACCUGACAAGAGUGAGUUCUCCUUUUAGAAAUAGGACUUCGGGCCUCCCGAGUGGAGCAGCGGUCUAAGGCACUGCAUCGCAGUGCUUGAGGCGUCACUACAGACCCGGGUUUGAUCCCGGGCUGUGUCGCAGCCGGCAGCCAACCGGGAGACCAAUGAGGCGGCGCACAAUUGGCCCAGCAUCGUCCGGGUUAGGGGAGGGUUUGGCCAGCCGGGAUGUCCUUGUCCCAUUGUGCUCUAGCAACUCCUGUGGCGGGCCGGGUGCAUGCACGCUGACACGGUCGCCAGUUGUACGGUGUUUCCUCCUACACAUUGGUGAGGCUGGCUUCCGGGUUAAGCGAGCAGUGUAUCAAGAAGCAGUGCGGCUUGGCAGGGUCGUGUUUCGGAGGACGCAUGGCUCUCGAUCUUCGCCUCUCUCUGAGUCCGUACGGGAGUUGCAGCGAUGGGACAAGACUGUAACUACCAAUUGGGGAGAAAAAGGGGUAAAGAAAAUAAAUAAAUAAAUAAAUAUAUAUAUAUAUAUAUAUAUAUAUAUAUAGAGAGAGAGAGAGAAAUAUGACUUCACCACUAACAAUAGGCAUUUACUUAUUUUUUUUAACAACUUUUAUUACGGGAUAUUAAUUUUUUUUCAAUGUAAAAAUCAUUCAAAUACAUUUAGUCAAAUAGUACAUUUUACAAAUAGGCUUUCACUUCUAAAAUGAUCAAAGGUGUUGAUUUACUAAUCUCGGUUGAACCCAGAACCAAAUCUUGUGUGCACUGGCCAGCUAACAUUUACUGUAUACAGUGGGGGAAAAAAGUAUUUAGUCAGCCACCAAUUGUGCAAGUUCUCCCACUUAAAAAGAUGAGAGAGGCCUGUAAUUUUCAUCAUAGGUACACGUCAACUAUGACAGACAAAAUGAGGAAAAAAAAUCCAGAAAAUCACAUUGUAGGAUUUUUUAUGAAUUUAUUUGCAAAUUAUGGUGGAAAAUAAGUAUUUGGUCAAUAACAAAAGUUUCUCAAUACUUUGUUAUAUACCCUUUGUUGGCAAUGACACAGGUCAAACGUUUUCUGUAAGUCUUCACAAGGUUUUCACAUACUGUUGCUGGUAUUUUGGCCCAUUCCUCCAUGCAGAUCUCCUCUAGAGCAGUGAUGUUUUGGGGCUGUCGCUGGGCAACACGGACUUUCAACUCCCUCCAAAGAUUUUCUAUGGGGUUGAGAUCUGGAGACUGGCUAGGCCACUCCAGGACCUUGAAAUGCUUCUUACGAAGCCACUCCUUCGUUGCCCGGGCAGUGUGUUUGGGAUCAUUGUCAUGCUGAAAGACCCAGCCACGUUUCAUCUUCAAUGCCCUUGCUGAUGGAAGGAGGUUUUCACUCAAAAUCUCACGAUACAUGGCCCCAUUCAUUCUUUCCUUUACACGGAUCAGUCGUCCUGGUCCCUUUGCAGAAAAACAGCCCCAAAGCAUGAUGUUUCCACCCCCAUGCUUCACAGUAGGUAUGGUGUUCUUUGGAUGCAACUCAGCAUUCUUUGUCCUCCAAACACGACGAGUUGAGUUUUUACCAAAAAGUUCUAUUUUGGUUUCAUCUGACCAUAUGACAUUCUCCCAAUCCUCUUCUGGAUCAUCCAAAUGCACUCUAGCAAACUUCAGACGGGCCUGGACAUGUACUGGCUUAAGCAGGGGGACACGUCUGGCACUGCAGGAUUUGAGUCCCUGGUGGCGUAGUGUGUUACUGAUGGUAGGCUUUGUUACUUUGGUCCCAGCUCUCUGCAGGUCAUUCACUAGGUCCCCCCGUGUGGUUCUGGGAUUUUUGCUCACCGCUCUUGUGAUCAUUUUGACCCCACGGGGUGAGAUAUUGCGUGGAGCCCCAGAUCGAGGGAGAUUAUCAGUGGUCUUGUAUGUCUUCCAUUUCCUAAUAAUUGCUCCCACAGUUGAUUUCUUCAAACCAAGCUGCUUACCUAUUGCAGAUUCAGUCUUCCCAGCCUGGUGCAGGUCUACAAUUUUGUUUCUGAUGUCCUUUGACAGCUAUUUGGUCUUGGCCAUAGUGGAGUUUGGAGUGUGACUGUUUGAGGUUGUGGACAGGUGUCUUUUAUACUGAUAACAAGUUCAAACAGGUUCCAUUAAUACAGGUAACGAGUGGAGGACAGAGGAGCCUCUUAAAGAAGAAGUUACAGGUCUGUGAGAGACAGAAAUCUUGCUUGUUUGUAGGUGACCAAAUACUUAUUUUCCACCAUAAUUUGCAAAUAAAUUCAUAAAAAAUCCUACAAUGUGAUUGUCUUGAGAAAAAAUUUCUCAAUUUGUCUGUCAUAGUUGACGUGUACCUAUGAUGAAAAUUACAGGCCUCUCUCAUCUUUGUAAGUGGGAGAACUUGCACAAUUGGUGGCUGACUAAAUACUUUUUUUCCCCACUGUAUUAGCAGUCUGUCACAAGAGACAAUUGAUUUACUAAGCACAAAGAGAACUGGUGGACACACAGUAUCUGACUAUUGAUUUACUAAGCACAAAGAGAACUGGUGGACACACAGUAUCUGACUAUUGAUUUACUAAGCACAAAGAGAACUGGUGGACACAGUAUCUGACUAUUGAUUUACUAAGCACAAAGAGAACUGGUGGACACACAGUAUCUGACUAUUGAUUUACUAAGCACAAAGAGAACUGGUGGACACACAGUAUCUGACUAUUGAUUUACUAAGCACAAAGAGAACUGGUGGACACACAGUAUCUGACUAUUGAUUUACUAAGCACAAAGAGAACUGGUGGACACACAGUAUCUGACUAUUGAUUUACUAAGCACAAAGAGAACUGGUGGACACACAGUAUCUGACUAUUGAUUUACUAAGCACAAAGAGAACUGGUGGACACACAGUAUCUGACUAUUUUGCUCUUUGCCAGAUACAAUUAGCUGAUCAAAUGAAAUGUAUCCAUGGUUGCUAAAGUUGUAUGUUUGUUUGUUGGUAGGUCUGAUAUACUCUGUGUCUUUCAGGAUAGGGAAAAGCUCUUGCGGAAGAAGAGGCAUAAACGAAGCAACAGGCCAAUAAAGGUAGAGGAAGCCACAUUUACACAAUACAAUACAAUAAUACAGUAAUCUGCCUUGGGAAAUAUCUGAUUUCCAAACAAUCCUGUGAUCUCUCCCUACACAGAGGCACAUUGUAGUGGACACCUUCUUUGGAUACGAUGAGGAAUCCAUGGACUCGGAGACAUCCUCCUUGGCUUCGUUUCGCAUGGACCGCACCCCAGCCACUCCUGAUGAAGACCUGGAUCAGGUGAGAGCUGUUCACAUCACAGGAAAUAGACACAGACCCUGGGUGGGGAGGGAACUUUAUUUAUGAUAAGGGAUCAAUAACCUUUGCAUAAGCACCAGUAGCAAAUCAGCAUCCAUGCAAUAUUUACAUUUUAGUCAUUUAGCAGACGCUCUUAUCCAGCACAACUUACAGGAGCAAUUAGGGUUAAGUGCCUUGCUCAAAGGCACAUCGACAGAUUUUUCACCUAGUCGGCUUGGGGAUUCAAGACAGCGACCUUUCGGUUACUGGCCCAACGGUCUUAACUGCUAGGCUACCUGCCGCCUCAAGCACUUUCACUUCUGUCUUUCUGAACCAAUGUGUUUCUAAUCUCUCUGUCCAUCAACCCUCAUCCUGGCUUCCCUCUCGCUCUCUCCUGUUCCCAAUGUCUUCUCUCUAACCCUGGGGUACGUCCAUCAACACAGGGACUGGCUAACGAGGAGUCGGAGCUGCGCUUCAGGCAGCUGACCAGAGAGUACCAGGCCUUACAGAGGGCAUACGCCCUGCUACAGGAACAUCAAGGGGGCCUUCUGGAUGCUGAGAUGGAAGCUAAGGUACAGUACCACUGCCAUUAAUUUUCAGUUAAAUGUCACCCGCGUAAGAUUGUGUUUUUGACAUUAUCUGGGGCAAUAGGGAUGCGGUCAUGCCAGAUUUGUUUCUGUAUUCAGUAAAAUUGUGUAUAAGACUGCAUACAGGUUAUAUACGCCACUACAACUAUCACUGCCCAUGUAUUCUAUAACAACAACACCCGUCUCAUACGGCUGUAUGAAAUGGUUGAUGUUAAUGUGGAUAUGUUGUGUGUCCCAGGCUCAGGAGCAGCUCCAUGCAGAUGUUCUCAGGUACAAGGCCAAGAUAGAAGACCUGGAGAAGGAGCUCGCCCACAAAGGACAGGUAAAGGACAUUAUCCCACAGACCAACACUAAGACAUGGGCUGUUUCCAAAUGGCACACUUAUUCCUUAUAUAGUGUACUACUUUUGACCAGGGUCCAUAGGGCUAUGUCUGGUCAAAAGUAGUGCACUAUAAAGGGAAUAGGGUGCCAUUUACGACACAUCCUACAACAUAGAGGAAGGCUAUACACAAUGUCCCAGUCUCUGAAUUACUGUGCAUGGAUGGCUUGUACUGUAUGUGACCAUAGUUAUUAUGCAAUUAUUUACAUACUAGGAGUACCAAAUGUAACAGGGCUGUGAAAAUGUCAUUACAACUCCAGAGUUGGACUGUCAAUAGUGAUUAAUCUUGGGGACUGAGAGGAAUGUCAAUGAAUGGUUUUGAUUCUGUUGCCUCACAACAGUGAAGAACAAUUUUGAAUGGGGUUGUGAUUGACACUAGUAUUUCAUACACUGUGGGUCAGUUCAGUUAACAAACUGAAAUGCUAUCCAUGGUGGGAUAGCUAUGAUAUCUAUUUACGGGAUAUGGUAGAUUUUGUAUAACACUUCAAUGUGUAACCAUUGAAAUAGAAUGAGUAGAAUGGGCAUAGAACCUCAGACCAUGGCAAUUUGACUGGGAAACUAAUUUGGUACACUCAUUCUAAUUCUAUGGUUGCAAGUACAGAUGUACUCUCUUAAUUUGACCAGUUUCUCACAGCAGCAACAGGACAUUUUAAUUAUUCUGUGUGUUAUAAUUAUAUGGCAUUUUUUUAGGGGUUGAUACAAUUUUCCUUAGAGCAAAUCAAGUCAGAAAUGUUUAUGUGGGAAUUACAAUCUUUAGAAGACUUUUUAAAACUCGAAUACACUACAGGUUUAAAUUUCCUGCGGCGCAGAAAAAUGAUAUUCGACGACAGAGUGAUCAAAGUAAGUACAUCUGUAAGAGAAGACCAUUUUUCCCUCAUUGAAACCUAGUUCUCCUCUCGUAGGACUCCAAGUGGGUAGAGGAGAAACAGCUGUUCUUCAGGAGGAAUCAGGAGCUGCUGGAAAAGGUCUGUCCUGCAAUGAUAUCAUUGAUAUGAUCGUAAUAUUGCAUGACACAAUGCAUCAUUACUGGAUGCACUUUACUUUGUAUAUUAAAGUCAACUCACUUUGUCCCCCACCAAUGUCUGCUAGCAAGAAGGGUGAUACAUGGUAGUCAUUUUGGAUCUGAACAUUCACCAUGCACCACUUGAUAUUGUAUAGGGUAUGGAAGUCGAUGCUACUGGCAGGCUCUGACCUUCAUGCUAUCCCUCUGGUCUUCUGCAGGUGGAAAAGUUGGAUGGAAAAUGCAGUCGACAGCAACAGGAGCUGCAAGACUCCAAGGACCAGAAUGAGCUCCUGGAAUUCAGAAUACUGGAGCUAGAGGUAAGGACGUGGAACGUUCAGGCUGCUGCACAGACACUAUGGAAGCUCUAAUCUAGAGUGCCUGGUUCAAUUGUGUUUGAGAGCAUUUUUUUACUCUCUAAAUGGUUAAAUGAGUGAGAAAUAUAUGUAAUUGUUGGAAUAGUUUGUGAGUGGGUAACAUAUACUAUCAUCUUAAAUUGAAUUAUUGUUGUUGGAUAUUUUUGGCCAUAUGAAAUUAUUUUCUAUUGCUAAUUUACCUAAUGUGGACAGUUUGUGUUACUACCUUACUUACACAAGCUUGCAAUUUCAAAACAUAAAAUGUAGUGGAAUUACACAUCCUUUUUACCUCAGAUUAGUGAUGUUAAUAUAACAGUUUAUAGUCAUCAAGAUGAUGCUACAUUGAUGCUACAAUAUCUUUGGUUUGGUACUGUUGGUUUUAUCAUACGCACCUGUCCGUUGCAUGACUUAGAACGCAGUUGUCAUUUUCAAACUCAAAUGGCACAAAUAAUUUGGAGCAAUUUCUGUAUAAAAGUCACUGGCCACAAACAAAUACACGGAUUUCACAGUCAAGCUGUCACUCAAAUGAAAUCCAACCCCUGUCACUAUGUAGAACUACCUGUGAGGUGACGAUUCGUUGAAAUUAUCCAGUCAAAAAAGUGUUGCGUUUCCUUUUUCGUAUUGGCCAUUUACCGUCAACAUGGUUGCACAAGGAGAUGAGUUGAUAAAUGGCUACUACAGGUUCUCAUCUAUCGACAGGUAUAUGUAAUUUACACAAGUUUGUUGUGGUUUGUCUUUUAGAAGAGCACAAAUGGUACAUGUCACCGCGGUUAUUGUCCCAUUGAUUUCAAUACAAUGUCUAUGUGAUUAGUUUGCGUGCGCUAUUGAUUACAAUACAACAAGCUAAUCAAUUUGAGGACGAUUGGAAAAUGCUGGUGCAUGUGUAGUUUAUAAGGUACUAAUUUAGCAAAAUACAAGUAAUCUGAACACAAUUGUGACACGUACAGUACCAGUCAAAAGUUUGGACACACCUAUUCAUUGAAGGGUUUAUCUUUAUUUGUACUAUUUUUUACAUUGUAGAAUAAUAGUGAAGACAUCAAAACUAUGAAAUAACACAUAUGGAAUCAUGUAGUAACCAAAAAGGUGUUAAACAAAUCAAAAUAUAUUUCAUAUUUGAGAAUCUUCAAAUAGCCACCCUUUGCCUUGAUGACAGCUUUGCACACUCUUGGCAUUCUCUCAACCAGCUUCACCUGGAAUGCUUUUCCAACAGUCUUGAAGGAGUUCCCACAUAUGCUGAGCACUUGUUGGCUACUUUUCCUUCACUCUGCCGUCCGACUCAUCCCAAACCAUCUCAAUUGGGUUGAGGUCGGGAGAUUGUGGAGGCCAGGUCAUCUGAUGCAGCACUCCAUCACUUACAAAGCCUGGAGGUGUGUUGGGUCAUUGUCCUGUUGAAAAACAAAUGAUAGUCCCACUAAGCCCAAACCAGAUGGGAUGGCGUAUCGCUGCAGAAUGCUGUGGUAGCCAUGCUGGUUAAGUGUGCCUUGAAUUCUAAAUAAAUCACAGAUAGUGUCACCAGCAAAGCACUCCCACACCAUAGCACCUCCUCCUCCAUGCUUUACUGUGGGACCUACACAUGCGGAGAUCAUCCGUUCACCCACACCGUGUCUCACAAAGACACGCUGGUUUGAACCAAAAAUCUCCAAUUUGGACUCCAAAGGACAAAUUUCCACCGGUCUAAUGUCCAUUGCUCGUGUUUCUUGGCCCAAGCGGGUCUUUUCUUUUUGUUGGUGUCCUUUAGUAGUGGUUUCUUUGCAGCAAUUAGACCAUGAAGGCCUGAUUCACACAGUCGCCUUUGAACAGUUGAUGUUGAGAUGUGUCUAUUACUUGAACUCUGUGAAGCAUUUAUUUGGGCUGCAAUUUCUGAGGCUGGUAACUCUGCAUUUUCCAUUCCUGUGGCGGUCCUCAUGAGAGCCAGUUUCAUCAUAGCGCUUGAUGGUUUUUGCGACUGCACUUGAAUAAACUUUAAAAGUUCUUGAAAUGUUCCGUAUUGACUGACCUUCAUGUCUUAAAGUAAUGAUGGACUGUCAUUUCUCUUUGCUUAUUUGAGUUGCCAUAAUAUGGACUUGGUCUUUUACCAAAUAGGGCUAUCUUCUGUAUACCCCCCCUACCUUGUCACAACACAACUGAUUGGCUCAAACGCAUUAAGAAGUAAAUAAAUUCCACAAAUUAACUUUUAAGAAGGCACACAUGUUAAUUGAAAUGCAUUCCAGGUGACUACCUCAUGAAGCUGGUUGAGAGAAUGCCAAGAGUGUGCGAAGCUGUCAUCAAGGCAAAGGGUGGCUAUUUGAAUAAUUAGUUUAACACUUUUUUGGUUACUACAUGAUUCCAUAUGUGUUAUUUCAUAGUUUUGAUGUCUUCACUGUUAUUCUACAAUGUAAAAAUAGUAAAAAUAAAGAAAAACCCUUGAAUUAGUAGGUGUGUCCAAACUUUUGACUGGUAGUGUAUGUGUACAGAGUAUUUUGACCUAUUUCAGCAUAUUGAUAAUGAAUUUGGACAUUUAAAACCAGUAUUUUAGUCCCGUGUAGCUCAGUUGGUAGAGCAUGGUGUUUGCAACGCCAGGGUUGUGGGUUCGUUUCCUACGGGGGACCAGUAUGAAAAAAAAUAUGGGAAAAAAAUGUAUGUACUCACUAACUGUAAGAGCGUCUGCUAAAUGACUAAAAUGUAAAUGUAUUUUGACACUGGGCUGUAAAUGAAAAAUCCAUGACAACAGGAAGCAGCAACAGUAUCAUUUUCAACUUAUGUUUUAGGAAUAUAAAUAUUUAUAACAAUAUUUUUAUGUAGCUGUCCAGUGUUUCCAGAUUUCUAUGAAAAAUGACCUAGAAUUACUUACAACAUGAGUGAAACAGUCUUCCUUCCAAAAAAUGGUAAUUAAGUAUGUUAAAAAGCAGCUUUUCUGUGUUGGGACGAUGGUGGCGUACCCCAACAACAGAAUGGUGUGGGCGUAUACCGGUCAUUAAAUAUAUUCAUGCAAGUAGACCACUGAUUGGCCAGCUCAUCCUCCUCUAGACCGCUGAUUGGCCAGCUCAUCCUCCUCAGGAGUAUGACAUCAUACUCUUUGAGGAAAUCGCAAUCAUUUUUUAACAGUCUGUUUGAGAUACAAGUUUGAGGUGGGGUUUUCAACGUUUUUUUUUCUCCAAUUUAUGCUUUGGCCACAAAUACGAGUAUAGGACGAGUCAACAACAUUAUUUGGGUAUGAGUUAACAGAAUAGGAACUCUUAAAAGUUCCGAAUGAGUCCAAAAACGUGCUGUGAUUUAUCGAUUUGAUGAUAUAACUGAAAUCGUGAAAAUAUAUUUGUAUUUUCUACUAGAGGUGAGCCUUUAUGAUUGACAAAUAUCAAUGAAGCAUACAUUUGAGUGGAAUCACAGCUGUUUAAAGAAAAAAAGAAAAGAGCAGUGGUGACAUGGAGAAAGAUAAAUCAUGGGUUUGUAAUAUGCCCACCAAUAGAUAUAUAGCAGAUUUUUGUUUGUGUCUACACAAAUAUUUAGAUACAUUCUAAACAUUAUAUCAGUAGUGCUGAGCGAUUAACUGAAAUGUUGGUUAUUUUCGGGUUUUAUUUUUUUAAAUAUUUUUUUGUGAGCGCAAUGCUCAGUUUCUCUAGAGAUAGACGCAGUCCGAACUGUGCGAUGUAGUAGGGAGUUGUAGUUUUCAACAGGCCAAUAUUCUACAUGGUUUAGCUCAAAAAACAUGGUCAUGACCUACAAAGACCAUAGUCCAUUGCGAGCCUACUUGUCCGGUCUGAGGCGGAGAGAAGAGACAGAAGAACGUGGGAUUAAGAGGGAUGGAGAGAAGUUGCUUCGUAUUCUCUAUCUGAAAAUACGUGAUCUAAGAUUGAUAGUUGGUAUUCAGCAGUCAAUCAAGUAUGCCUUAUUUACUUUGAAGAACUACUAAAAUAGUGAUUUUGUCAGACAGCAUAGGCAGCAGCUCUAUAGAGAUGAGAUGAUGACUUGGAAUGAAAUAUUAAAGUUGUCAAAUAGGCCUAAAACAAAUGUAAUAUACACAAUGUGAAUAAAUGAUGGUUGAUAAGUGAUAAGUGAUAAGCAGUAAUGGUUAGUCACUACCAUCAUGGGACUUUUAGUAAAGUGUUUUAUUCUAUGUUGUUACAGAAUUCAACCCAAAUAAUGCAUAGUGCAUUUAAUGUCCCACAAAAAAUGAUUGAAAUCUAAAUCGAAAGCCGUGAUCAUUUUUUAAAUAAUCUAUCUGAAACCGAACCGACCUCAAAUAGCACUAAUCGCUCAGCACUAGUAUCAGUCAUGUCUCUGGGACCUCUGUAUUGCCCCCCCUUCCUCCCAUGGCCAGGCUCAGACAGGCUCAGAACACAGGGCUUUGUGCAUUCUGUGCUGCAGUGGAGAUACUGCAAUAAGCCCCCAAAAGGAUGGUGCUUCCAUCUACUGGAUAGAGAAUAAAACAGCAGAACAUGUCCCUCCACUGACUCCCUCCGCAGUCUUCUUUGUCCAAUCAUUCAAUCUGUUUAACCAAUGCUGUUAACUGAUUAAAUAAAUUACAUUUUCCUCCUGUAGGAGCGUGAGCGGAAGUCCCCUCCGUUUAAUCAUCUCCGCAUGCAUCCAUUCUCCGAGGGUGUCAGCGCCCUUCAGAUCUACUGCAUGAAGGAAGGAGUGAAGGUAUAACCCAUCUCAAUAUCUCAUUAGUAUUAUAAGACAUCAUAUUUUGUCUUUCUGCAAAGAAAUGUAGGUGAAAUAGGAUGCUGAUUGUUUAUUUUGAUCCUUUCCCAGGAUGUCUGUAUACCUGACCUGAUCAAGCUGCUAGACAUUCUGGGUGAUAACGGGGUAAGUCUGCUUGGAAGGGCUCUAUAAUACGUUAUUACUGAUGUUUUGCUAAUUAAAAAUCACUCCUCCUUUGCGCGAAGGAUUGAAAGUCAAGGUUGUUUAACCUUUUUUUUGUUUGUUUAGAACUUGCGAAAUGAGGAGCAAGUGGCCAUUAUUCAAGCUAGCACUGUCCUCUCUCUUGCUGAAAAGGUAUGCAAAUACAAUUAUUGAUGCUUAGUUCAGAGUAACUUGUAAGCAAUAGAAUAGCCAUUUAUAUAGCGUUGUUUCUUAUCUGCGUUUUGUCUCCCCCUAGUGGAUACAACAGAUUGAGGGCACAGAGGCAGCGCUGCACCAGAAGAUGAUGGAUCUGGAGCUAGAGAUGGUGAGUCCCUUCUCCAUUCACAUCACAUUUUAGCAGACGCUCUUAUCCAGAGCAACUUACAGUUAGUGUGUGCAUACAUUUUCAUACUGGCCCCCCAUGGCAAACGAACCCACAACCCUGGCGUUGCAAGCGCCAUGCUCUACCAACUGAGCUACAGGGGACUCACUCACAGUCACUUCACACGGACUGGGCUUGACUUGAGAAGUUUUUACUCUGUUCCAUGAAACUAAAAUGCCAGAUUGCUGUGCACAAUACGAUGGAAGAGAUGCUCAAAGAACUAUAAUUUGUGCAUUGUACAUAAGUACAAAAAAUACUUCCGAAUUCGAAGGCGUAUAGACAACACUACCUAUCACUAACUGUUGCGUGAUGUUAGGGACUGGUGAGGUUGGUAAUGAGUUCUUCAGUAUUAAGAUCAGAGCACUGACCAGAGAGCACUGUCCUCCACAGGAGAUGUUCUGCAAGCAGAAAGGCUAUCUGGAAGAGGAGCUGGAUUACAGGAAGUCAGCCCUGGAUCAGGCCUACGUGGUGAGUACCCUCCAGAUGCAUUCCCACUCUUUCAGCCACCUACCUUUAAAUACAGGCUUACUUCUUUAUUGGCCUCAAAGGUGUUACAUUUAAUAUACGCUUUGAACAUACUGUAAGGGUAACAUAAAUGUGUGUUUGUGUGUGUGUUUGUGUGUGUGUGUGUGUGUGUGUGUGUGUGUGUGUGUGUGUGUGUGUGUGUGUGUGUGUGUGUGUGUGUGUGUGUGUGUGUGUGUGUGUGUGUGUGUGUGUGUGUGUGUGUGUGUGCGUGCGUGCGUGCGUGCGUGCGUGCGUGCGUGCGUGCGUGCGUGCGUGCGUGCGUGCGUGCGUGCGUGCGUGCGUGCGUGCGUGCGUGCGUGCGUUUGUGCGUACACCUCUCCCCUAGCCAGUACCGACAUACUAUAAAUGAUGAAUAUCUACACAUAUCAUUAUCGUCACUGUAGCUAACUACUCCCUCGACCUUCCCCCCACAGCAAAUCCAGGAGCUGGAGGCUACUCUGUACAACGCACUGCAGCAGGACAAGGUGAUCGGAUACGGCGAGCCUCUGAGUGACAUGCAGAAGGACGAGCUGCGUACAUCCGUGGAGAAGUUACGCAGGCAGAUGCUGAGGAAGAGCAGAGAGUUCGACUGUCAGGUCCUGGCUGAGAGGAUGGAGCGGCUCCACCAGGCCCAUCAGGUAUAC